ACAUGCAGCAUUGAGCGCAGAACACGUGCCCGCAACUAGUGAGCAAGAAACGCCGUUUUUCCUGACCUGGUUGAACGUAACAAUUAUUGCAAUGGAUCCAAUCCAUUGGUGCACUUGGAUCACGCAGCAUAAACCUAAUACCGAUACAGCUGCAAUCCUUGUGGUCGUAAGAGACCUACCCCCGCACGACACCGAACUUUCCGACGGGUUUCGUAUCUCUAACUAGCUUGCCACGGCAACAGCAAGGGACGUAAGAAACAAAAACAAGUUUGGUAGCAUUGGAAUUUGUACUGUGUUUCAUAACUGACCAGCUUGACAUGAGCAUGUGAACAAUUAUGCUGCGCUGUAUGAAAACGAGGAUUAUAUGUACGAUUUCAAGAGAAGUUAAAUAAAUGACCGUGGCUCUUUUGUCUUAUCUUUAUAUAAUGGUGAUGUGUUCAGCUUCCAUAUUUGUGGACGGUAGUGGCGCAGUUGGGGCACAAUACAGGCCACUUGACUAGUUUGCUGCUGUCUGGGAAUUUGUGGGAGUGUGAAAGCUUGAAGGAGUGGUAGCAUUCAGUUGCGUGUAAGGCACCUGCCUGGUGGGUUGGUGGAGCAGCUGUUGACCACUGGUGGCAGCUAACCACUAAGAAGACCCAUCGUGUCAGCUGUCACACUUACCGGCUCACCGCUGUCGUCGGCUCCACCACCGCCCCAUCACUUGCGCGGCCGCUCGCCUGUGAGCGUCACACGCGGCGCCGCCGUCCGAAGGCUGACGACGCCCCAGCACGCUAUGUGACUGGACAAUGGGCGUGACGGACGAUAUCCUGCCACGCUUCCAGCGGCUGCCGGCCGCUGGCGCGGCCGCCGGCUCUCGGCAGGGCUUCCGCUGCCGCGAGACGCACAUCUUCCUCGCCAUCGGCGUGACCAUCGUGUUCAUCUGCUUCGGCACCAUCUUCUUCCUGCCGGACCUGGGCGAGAGCAUCCGGCGCAUCGACAGCCUGGGCCGCGUGCAGAAGCGCGUGCAGGACACCGCUGAGGGCUUCCUGCUGCCGCCGCCGCCGCACGCCGACGAGGCGCAUGAGAACCUCCUGCUGCGCCACGACGGCAACCAGAUCGAAGACCCGCACGUGGUGCAGGACCGCCAGAAACUCUAUGACAAGGUGCGCUCGGCCGGCGCCCUGCCGCCGCCGCCGCUGGCCAAGCCGCGCCACGUCGACUCUGGCGACGUGGACAACGUCGAGGUGGACGAGGUGGAGCCCCCGGCGGCGCCGGCCGCCCCCGCGCCAGCGGACGGCGGCGGUUCGCGGGAGACGGUGGCGCCUCUCGUCAUCGGUGACGACGAGGACCCCGACCCGGUCAUGCGCCACCGCAGGGACACGGUCAAAAAGAUGAUGGAGCACGCCUGGAAGGGCUACCAAAUGUACGCCUGGGGCUCGAACGAGCUCCGGCCGGUGAGCAAGCGCGGCCACUCGGCCGGCAUCUUCGGUCGCCGGCCGAUGGGCGCCACAAUCGUCGACGCCAUGGACACGCUGUACAUCAUGGGCAUGACCGAGCAGUUCGCCGAGGGUCGACGCUGGAUCCAGGAGCACCUGGACGCCAGUUCGCUGGACUCGGAGGUCUCCAUAUUCGAGAUGAACAUCCGGUACGUGGGCGGCCUGCUGUCGUGUUUCGCCAUGACCGGGGACGUCUUGUUCCGAGACAAGGCGCAUGCGAUCGCCCGGGCCCUGCUGCCCGGCUUCAACACACCCACCGGCAUCCCCUACAGUCUGGUGGUGCCCACUACCGGGCGCGCCAAAAACUACGGCUGGGCGUCGGGCGCCAGUUCGAUCCUCUCCGAGUUCGGCACGCUGCACAUGGAGUUCAGCUACCUCUCGGACGUCACCGGCGACCCCGAGUUCAGGAAGAAGGUGGAGCGCAUCCGGCAGGUGGUGCGCAAGCUGGACAAGCCCAACGGCCUCUACCCCAACUACCUCAACCCCAAGACGGGGAAGUGGGGCCAGCGUCACAUGUCUGUGGGCGCGCUGGGCGACUCGUUCUACGAGUACCUGCUGAAGGAAUGGAUCCGGAGCGGCGGCGAGGACGUGGAGGCGCUCGAGAUGUUCCACCACGCCAUCGGCAACAUCACGCAGCGCCUGCUGAAGAAGUCCAAGGUGUCCGGUCUCACCUACAUCGCCGAGAUGCAGUACGAGCGGCCCAACCACAAGAUGGACCACCUGGCCUGCUUCAUCGGCGGCCUGUACGCGCUGGCGGCCGUCACCGACUCCAACAAGAACUCGGAGCAGUACGCGCGGAUCGGCGCCGAGAUCACGCACACCUGUCACGAGUCCUACGACCGCACGGCCACCAAGCUCGGUCCCGAAAACUUCAGGUUUUCGGACGCCAUCGAAGCUAAGGCCAUGAAGAUGCAAGAGAAGUACUACAUCCUGCGGCCCGAGGUCAUCGAGAGCUACUUCGUGCUCUGGCGCAUGACCGGCGACAAGAAGUACCGCGAGUGGGGCUGGGAGGCCGCCCAGGCAAUCGAGCGUCACUGCCGGGCGGAGGCUGGCUACUCGGGUAUCCAGAACGUCGAGUCGUCCAGCCCGCGCCAGGACGACGUGCAGCAGAGCUACUUCCUCGCUGAGACACUCAAGUACCUGUACCUGCUGUUCAGCGACAAGUCCCUGAUGCCGCUGGACGAGUGGGUUCUCAACACGGAGGCUCAUCCUCUGCCGAUCCGGGGCGCCAACCCGCUGUACCGUGAGUGGCGCGCCACCUAGUGACGAAUCUCGGCACCCGCCUGUGAUAGGGCCGAGUGGGGGCGCGGCCGGU